CUGGACGCUGGGUAUUACCAAGAGGGAUUAACCGGGCAUCACAAUGUCACCGAAACAAUGGAUUUAUGAGCUACCUAACAGAUUGAGAAAGACUCAUGGAACAUUAUUUGUUACUCUAAAGUGACAAAUUAGGAUCUAUUGGCAGAAAAUCCCCUUAAUAGUGUCAUAUUUAAGAAUCUGUUGAUGAUGCAGGAUUUGGGAUGGAGUGUUGUUCUUAUUUAGUUUUCAUUAUUAUUAUUAUUUUAAAUAAAUGUUUAAUUAUAACUUUGGAAGGUACACGAAGAUCCAUCUCUAUUCUCCAUGAACAUCACAAGAGUAAUUCAGAAACAGAGAUGUCUAUUAAAAAUCACACUGCAGUGUCUGAAUUCAUCCUCCUGGGUUUUGCAGAAAACCCUAAACUGAAAGUUCCAAUUUUUAUAUUUUUCUUACUAAUCUAUUCUAUCACAGUGGUAACUAAUUUGGGCAUGAUUUUUCUGAUUGGAAUGGACACUCAGCUUCAUACGCCCAUGUACUUUUUCCUCAGUAACUUGGCUUUUAUAGAUUUUUGUUAUUCCUCCAAUAUUAUCCCCAAAGCCUUGGGAAAUUUUCUGGCAGAGAAGAAAACUAUUUCCUUCACAGGAUGCAUUAUCCAGAUUUAUUUCUUUGUUGCUCUUGCAAGUACAGAGAUCAUUCUUUUUGGGUUGAUGGCAUUUGACCGUUACGUGGCCAUCUGCAAUCCUUUGCUGUAUCCUUCCCUCAUGUCCCAUGCCCAAUGUCUCAAAAUGGCAGGAGGAGCCUUCACAGCUGGCUUCCUGAACUCUAUUAUUCAUACUAGUCUGGUAGGUACUUUAUCUUUCUGCCAAUCUAAUGAAAUAAACCAUUUUUUCUGUGAAAUCCCCCAACUCCUCAAACUCUCAUGUUCCAAAACCUUUUUAACUGAAAUACUUAUUUUUGUUUGUGCUGGAAUUAAUAUGCUGGGCUCUCUCCUGAUAAUACUGAGCUCAUACAUACAUAUCCUUUGUACAAUAUUUAAGAUGAAUUCAGUGGUUGGCCGCCAAAAAGCUUUCUCUACUUGUAUUUCUCAUUUGACUGCUGUAAUCAUAUUUUAUGGAACAGGCCUCUUUAUAUACUUGCAACCCAGUUCAAACUAUUCAGAGGAUCAGAAUAAAACUGUUUCUUUGUUUUAUGCCUUUAUCAUCCCAAUGCUUAACCCCUUGAUCUACAGCCUGAGAAACAAGGAGGUGAAGGAUUCAUUGAAGAGAACAAUGGAUAGAAAUCUAUUUCCACUUUUGAAAUAAUUAAGUUGAGAAUGUUACAACCCACCUAGAUAUGCUCCUCAAUUUGUAUUUUACUGUGUAACCAUUGUAUUAUACUUUGAAACUGUAAAAUACUGUAAAUAUUGUCCAUAUUUCUAAAACAUGGCAAUUUAUUACUAAAAUGGUAAAUAAAUUUAAUGGCCUUGUAUAAUAGAAAGUAUCAUGAAAGGAAAAAGUGAUAGAUAAUGGUUGAAGGUAUUGUGUUUGAAAAUCCCAAUGAAGAAAAUAUACUACUUUCUGUCAUCUCAAGGAUUAUCAUAUUGAAAAUGCUGCAGGAUUGUUCAGAGCUAUCCAUGAUGACGGGACAAGAAACAAUGUUUUUAAAUGGCAAGGAAGCAGAUUUCAGAUGGACAUCAAGAAAAAAUUCCUAAGAACUGUUCAGUAAUGGGGUUACCUAUUACUACCUCAGAAAAUGGUGGAACCCCCCUCACUAAAGAUCUUUAAAGGCAUCCUGAAUUGCCAUCUGUUGGGAAUGCAAUACUACUUGAUUCUUGCACUGGGCACAGACCUCCGCUA